UAUAACAAACAAACUCCACCUGCUGUUCUAUCGGAUGUUUACAUUAAAGACACCCGAAUAUAUAGAAUAACGCAGAACAAAGAGAAAAUGUUGUAAGAGAUAAAAGAGGGAGAAAGCUUCAUCAAGGUGCGCGAUUUUCAAUCUUCUCUAGGUGCGGCUUUUCCGCGCGGUUCUCAACGCGAAAAAUUAAAAGAUGAGAAACGAAGCUGGAAAGUCGAAAAGAAACCGCUGACUAUUUUCUAGCUGACUAUACGACCCUGCUGAAGCUGAAGGCGCCCACGUGGACGCGACACGAUCUCCAGGAAGCGAUCGAGGCUGUGGUGACCCAGAAAAUGCGCUUCACCCAGGCAUCCACCAAGUAUGGCAUCCCGAAGGGCACCCUCUACGACAACAUCCUCGGCAAGUCCAAGAGGAUGAUGAUUCUCGAAGAAACCGCCCUCAAUUCGAACGAGGAAACAGCGGUGUUGGAAUUCUGCUGCGAUAUCAGCGUCAGUCCGUACAAUCGGCGCACGAAGAAGUCCCUAAACGCGAUACUGAACUUCGUCGAGCGUCUCAGGCGGAAGCACGACCCCGGCUUUAUGUUCACCGGACUGUCGGGCUUCCGCUGGUGGUGGGCCUUUUGCAAGAAGCACUCCAUAGUCUCGCUUUACAUCAACGACGAGAACGAGAACGGUGCCGAUUCUUCUUAACGUCCGCCGGUCCAUCGAAUGCUAAAAUUGAUCGAGGAGAAAUAUGGUUUUGAAAAGCCUUCGUUAGAGAAUAAAUGUAAUCUUUUAUACGUUCCAGAUUUCGUGUGGCCAACGCGUUGAAUUUUAUUUAUAUUGAUGCUAUUCUCUUAAUUUUUCCGUCGCGUAUAGAUGUAUUCGCGAACAAUUUCGUCUAUCUAUAAAAUCAUUAGUGAAAAAUUUGCUUCGUCUCUUUUUCCGAUUCAGCGAAUGCUCCGAUCUUUUCGACGGCCGCGUUGAUUCUUGUUAAUCCUUCGGAAUGUAUUGG